CCGCUGUUUAGGGCGCCAUGUUUCAAUAGACAAACACUUUUAACAAUAUCAGUGCUGCGAAAUCGACUUUUGUCCGCAUUAAAUGACUUUUAACAUCUUUGACGGACGAACAGACAUUUGCUGAAAGUUUAUUACUCGUACUCAAGGCAUUUUAUGUCAAUAUUGUCGCGGUAUGAGUUUGUGUGGCACCGAGACACUAAUGUGUAUCAUAGAAACACUUCGUUCGGGAUUAUUGUGUUACUGUAGGACUGUGGCGACUUUAUAAAAUCUUUAAAGAUCAGCAGGAUGUCCAUUGAUUUCGACAGUGCAGCUCUACAGACCCAGCAGGAGGAAGAGGAGUAUGAUCAGGAAGACUACGCCAGAGAACAAGAGCUCCACAAGCUCCUGACUGAUCUCCCUGAUGAUAUGCUAGAUGACAGCGCUGACAGCUCCACCUGCAGCCGUCCGGAAGACAACAACAGACCGCAGCAUGCCUGGGAUGUCCCACAAUGGGAGCAUCCAAGACCUUCUUCCCAUGAGCAACACUAUGAGGAGGAUGAUCAAGGCUCUUAUCAUGAGGACUACAGCUACAGGAGUCACACGUCUCAGAGCAACAGUCACCCUCAUCACCUCCAGACCGGGACAGAACAUGUGGCCACCGGCUGGGACCAACAGAACUACCAGUUCCAGAACCGAGACUAUGCACACUCCUCCGCAGGCACGGAUGAGUCCCAAGGCAUUGACUUCUCCACUGGGGUCGGGGCGGAACAGGACGUGUACCCUCAUAAUGCUCUUCAGCAUGGGGCAGGCCACCCCGGAGAUGAGGCUAGAGCCCUAGGAGAGCAUAGCCACAUCAGACACCACUUUCAGGUGUUUGAUAAUGGAGGAGCUGGGAACAAACCCACUGGCCACUGCAGAGCCAGUUACCAUCCACAUCAACUUUCAAACCAGCCCAAGAUGUUCAGUCCUCAAGUGACCAAUCAGAAUAACCACUUUGACCAGAUUCAGAGGGACUUCCUGGACUCAGCACCACAUUCAGCAGACGGUCAGCAGCUGGCACAGCUUCAGAUUGUAAACCGAGCUCAAUCCGGACAGAUCGAGGAGCUGGAACAGAAACUAGAGGACUGCAGGAGGAAGAUGAGAUAUCUGGAGCACCAGUUCGCCAUCGUCAAAGAAGAGAAAGAUGGUCAGACUGUAUCAGUGAAGGAGUCCAGUGCACUCGUGGAGGAGGCGAAAGAGAGAGAAGCGCAGCUGCAGGGCAGAGUCAGAUCUCUGGAGAAACAGAUCCAGUCUCUCACAGACCGAGAGCAAGAGAGCCUAAAGCAGCAGCGUGUGGCCGAGGUGGCGAUGGACAGCAUGAAGCAGCAGAUGAUGGAUCUGGGUCGCUCAGACAUUCUCACACGAGCACGGGAGCAGCACGAUAGAGACAUGACCGCUAUCCGUGAGCAGUACGAAGCACAACUGCUCACCCUUCAGCAGAAACUAGACGCACAAUCACAGAGUCUGAACGAGCAGGCGGAGGCGGGCCAGCGGCUGCUGGAUCAGGUCCGGCUGCUGGAGCGUCAGAGAGAAGAGGAUCAGGUGGACAGAGCCGCCGUCAUCAACACCCUCGCACAGCGCCUGGAGGAGAGCCAGCAGCAGUGUGCCAAACUGCUCCACACUGGCUCUGUUCAAGAGAUGAGUCAGUUACAGCUGAAGCUCCAGCAGGCUCAGUCUACCUGCGCUAUCAGAGAAGACCUCAGCAAAGCCCUGCAGGAAGAGUUGACUGAACUGAAGGAGCAGAUAAAUCUGUAUGAGUCUGCCAUUAAACAUGGAGCCCUGGAGUCUAAUGGAGACUGGGAGAGCCAGCUGUCUGAGUCCUGCAUGGACCUGGGCAUCAAGAAGCCCAAGUGGAGAAAUGGACGGAUCCACAGCAAACCUCAUAUUGCAGAAGCAGGAGACUCGACCCUGCUGAAGGAGGACGUGGUGCGAGAGCUGAAGAGCGAGUUGCAGCGCUGCCUGAGUCACCUGAAGACCAAGCGUCUGAAGAUCUCUGAGCUGCAGGAGGAGCUGCGACGCUCUCAGAGCAGAACAGAGCAGCUGCAGACGCGGCUAGAGCAGGCUGAGAGAACCAUACAGGACUCUGAGGUGAGGGAGAGCAGCUUGGAGAAACACCUGGAAACAUCCCCCAUGACUGCAGCUCCUCACAAAGACCUCAUCAGACUGCAGAAAGAACGGCAGGUGCUGCAGGAGAGAGUGGAGGCUCUGGAGAAGAGGAAUCAGGAGCUGAAGCAGAGUGAGGAGAAGGUGAAGUCAGCCAACUCUGAGCUCUGCACCAAGAUGAGAGAGAUGAUCCAGGAGCUGGACCAGGAGAAACGAGAAGCAGCAGAGAGGGAUGAGAGGACUCGGCAGCAGUUUAGAGAUGAUGUGGUGAAUGGUGUCCGGAUGGAGCUGACACAGGAGCACACGGCUCACAUAGAGCAACUCACUCACCAGCAUCAGCAGCACCUCCAACAGCUCCAGUCAAAGCUGGCUGAUCUCAGACAGGAGGUGUUAGCUGUGCAGGAAUGCUACAUUUCUGUUUGCAAAGAGAAAGACAAGCUGGAGGAAAAUCUCCAAAACAAGCUUGAAGAACAGAGGAGAUUGAUAGAAAAUGAGUUGAAGAGGCGAGAGGACAGUGAGGCUGCUCUGGAGAGACUGAGGUCUGAUUUGGAGUGUCAGCAUCAGGAGGACGUGACUCGGCUCAGAGCCCAGUGGAAGAUAGACACACAGACUGAGACUGAGCUGCAGGUCAGAGAGCAGCUGGAAACGGCCAGAAAGAGCUGGCAGCAGGAGCAGGAGACGCUGGAGCAGUCCUGGGCUCAGCGGUUACAGGAGGCUGAGGAAGAGCUCAGGAAGGCCAGGCAGUCAGACACCUGUGAGGGAGCGGUGGGUCAGCUGAUUUCAGCGGAGCAGCUGGAGGUCCGGCUCAGGGCUCAGAGGGAGACCCUGCAGCAGGAGGCUGCAACGGCCCGGGACAGAGCCGUGGAGGAAGCAGUACGACACGCUCAGAGAGAGAUGCAGCAGAAACACACUGAUGACAUCACGCUCCAGGUUGAAGGUGCUCGUUCUCGAUGGCUCCAGGACUUGACCUCCCUCCCAGAGUACAAAAGCAGUCUGCAGAGGGAAAAAGAUGAGUGGGAGCGACUUCAGCAGCAGCGUGUCCAGGAACAGGUGUCCUCUGCUGUGAAGGCAGUGGAGGAAAGGUGGCAGGACACGCUCCGCACCAAAUGCACUGAACUGGAGCAGUGUAACAUGAGAAACGGGGAGCUCCAGGAGGAAGUGCUUACCCUCCGCACCCGACUGGAGCGUGUGUGCCGGGAGCAGGCUGCCCUCCUGAAAGCAGAGCUGGCUGCAGCCCGAGACGUUUGGAUCAGAGACAAGCAGGAGGAGAUGUCCCGUCUCAGGACACAGCUCCAGAGAGAGCAGAAGCAGAAACUACAAGCCGCUCUGGAGCAAACCGACAAACAAAGAGACACAGAGCUACACGAAACUCUCAGAGAAAAGGAGCAGGAGUGGAGGGAUCAACAAGAGAUCAGACUGCAGGAGGAGAUGCUCCGUGAACUAAAGGAGGUUCUGCAGGACGGAGUGGAGAGCAGGAGGAUUGGAGAAGAACAGCAGCUCACCAUUAGAUCCAGAGUCUGGGAGAUCUGCAGAGAAACACUCAGCCAAGCCAAGCAGGAGCUGAAGAAGAGCAGCGCAGACAAGCUGAGACGUGUGCUGAAGGAAACCCAGGAGCGCCAUGAGGCAGAGAUUGCAGCUCUGACGGCUCAGAGGAAGCAGAGUGAAGGUGCCGAGUCUCUGGCCAAACUCCAGAAGAAGAAUCAAGAGCUCCAGAGACAUCUAGAGAAGGCCUGCCGGCAGCUCCAGAGGAGCGUACAAGAGCACAAAAACACCCUGCAGAGGAUGAAAGAUGAGCACGAGGCAGCCCUGCAGAAGGAGCAGCAGAGUCAUCUCAGAGCCCUUGAGGAACUGAAACAAACCUCAAAUGCAGAAGCACUUUCAAGUGGUUCAGUCAGCCAACAGAAUCUUCAAGCAGGUCUUGAGGAAAUGAAGGAGCGAUACAUGAAAGCAGUGGAGAAAAUCAGAGGUGACAUGCUGCGCUACCUGCAGGAUAGUAAGGAGCGGGCGGCAGAGCUGAUCAGGACUGAGGUCCUGAGGGAGAGACAGGACACGGCCAGACGCAUGCGCAGGUACUACCUCACCUGUCUGCAGGAGCUGCUGGAGGACGGAGGCCAGGCCGCAGGAGCUGAGAAGAAAAUCAUAAAUGCUGCUAGCAAACUGGCCGCCAUGGCCAAAGUCCUGGAGACCCCGGUGGCCAAACGCAAGCUUUCGAGAACCCAGGGCUCUCAAGGUGGAUCAGACAAAACAGACACUGAAGCCAGUGGUUCUCCUGCUAAACUCCUGGGAACCGAAGCCCUCAAGGAUGGUAAGAACCAACACAAUCUAACGGACUCGAACUACACAUCCAUGACGGCUAAACAGAAAGACGUCAGAUCUAAAUCCAUCGAACCGGAUUCCCUCAAGUCUGUAGGGGUAUGUGGAUCCAAAGACACUUUUACGGUUGGUCGGGUAACUCAGAAGCACACACAGUUUGCACACGAUGGUGUUUUUAACAGCGUUAAUGUCACACUGAGAAAGCACAGCAGGGAAAUGUUCAUGGAGGGUUUUGGAGAACCAUCAUCAUCCGUCCAGCCCUUCCUGAUCGAAGAAGAUCCCGUUCGUGAUAACGGCCCGAGCGACUGGAGUUUAACCAGUAACGGCUCUAACUUCCUUCACCUGACCUCGUCCCGUCCAGAUCCUGGGAAGCCGUUCUCUGUUAGCGGCGGGUUGGACUUUAGAAGCUCCAUCGGUGAUGACUCUGAUGUUACCAUAUACAAGGAGUUUGUUAAGCCUCGGUCUUACUCUAAACCCGAUGUGUGUGUGGACAGAAGAACAGAUCAACACAGAGAGCCAACCCCUGGUUCUGAGGGACAUGGGGUCCGGAAAAAGUGUCCAAAGAGCUUAUUUUCGGAGUUGAAAGUGUAUCAGCAGGACAGUGGGUUCGACAGCCCGUUGGCACUGCUUCAGAAAUGAAGUUUAGAUUUGUUUGUGCCAGAGCAAACUGAAAACUGAGCUUGUGCAAUGUUUGUGCAAAUAUUUGUUUCAGCGAUUGUACUGUCCUGUGCAUGAAUUGGUUAUUUUAAUUUAAUAAAGCAACCUAGUUUUACAUCA